CGUGCUUGUGGCUGGCAUCCUGCGCUCUCCCUUUGCUCCUGUCCCGGAGGACUCCCAGCACACCAUUGCACUGCCUGCCUAGGCUGCAGACGGAUGAUGCCAGGCAGAGGAAAGAGCACUCAGGGCUAAUGAGCUGUGUAUUUGGACUAGCUCCCCCCUCCGUCUGUACAGUCCACACCCCCAAAUAGCGGUGACAGUGCUGGGGAAGGUGACAGGCGGCUGGUGCCUCUAGGCGUGUGCUGUGAGCAUUGCUGACUACCUACCUCUUCUCUCCAUCCCUUUUGUGUGACCUUUGCAGUGCUGUCAGUGUGUGGGUAGGUGGUCAUGGCUCGGAUGGACGCUCCAGGGACUUGCUGCUUGUAAAGAGAAGGAUACAAGCCUGGGACUACUGAUCAGAGCUGUCAUAGAGCUCACACCGGCUGCCAGGAGCUCAUUCACCUCUCCUCCUAGACAACAAGAGCAACAUGAGCACCAGCUCAGUGCCCUACCAACAACACAACUCGUAUAGUUCAUCGGGAAAUGCGGGUCCCAUCCAGUGCUACCGAUGUGGAGAGACAUGUAAAGGAGAAGUAGUGAGGGUGCAAACCAACCACUUCCACAUCCGCUGCUUUACUUGUCAAGUUUGUGGCUGUGACCUGGCCAAGUCCGGCUUCUUCUUCAAGAAUGGAGAGUACAUUUGCACACGAGAUUACCAGCAGCUCUAUGGAACCCGAUGCGAUAGCUGUCGAGAUUUUAUAACAGGGGAAGUUAUUUCAGCUCUCGGACGGACAUAUCAUCCCAAAUGUUUUGUGUGCAGUAUGUGCAGAAAACCAUUUCCAAUUGGAGACAAAGUGACAUUCAGAGGCAAAGACUGUAUUUGCCAACACUGUUCCCAAUCUCUAGUCUCCGACAAGCCAAUCAAGAUUCAUGGACCAAGCCACUGUGCGGGCUGCAAGGAAGAGAUUAAGCACGGACAGUCAUUACUGGCGUUGGAAAAACAGUGGCACGUCAGCUGCUUCAAGUGUCAGACGUGCGGCAUUAUCCUAACUGGAGAAUACAUCAGCAAAGAUGGCGUGCCUUAUUGUGAGACAGACUACCAUGCUCAGUUUGGAAUUAAGUGUGAGACCUGCAACAAGUACAUCAGUGGCAGAGUCUUGGAGGCAGGAGGAAAGCACUAUCACCCAACAUGUGCCCGCUGUGUACGUUGCCAGCAGAUGUUCUCAGAAGGAGAAGAGAUGUACCUGACAGGCUCUGAAGUGUGGCAUCCAAUAUGUAAGCAGGCGGCUCGGGCAGAGAAGAAGCUUAAGUACAGAAGAGCUUCUGAGACUUCAAUCUCCCCCCCGGGAUCCAGCAUUGGUUCUCCCAACCGGGUCAUUUGCGCUAAAGUAAACAAUGAGAUUCUAAAUUACAAGGAUUUAGCUGCUCUUCCUAAGAUUAAAGCAAUCUACGCAGUGCAGCGCCCUGACCUCAUUUCUUACGAGCCUUAUAGCAGAUACACGUCGGAUGAGAUGUUGGAAAGAUACAGCUAUGGGGAGGAUAUCUAUGAAGGAAUGGAUCUGCGACAGAGGAGGUCAUCCAGCCCAGGAUAUAUUGAUUCUCCUCUUUAUAGCCAUCGAGAUGUUUCCCUCACCAUGCCUCGCUCCCCACAGCAUUACUACAUGUCAGGCACAGAGAGUGGCCGUAACUCCCCUUAUUAUAGCCAGGUAGAUGUUCGUUGCUCCACACCGACCCUUUACCAAGCUCCACGGCACUUCCAUAUUCCAGCCGUUGGAGAGAGUAACAUUUACCGGAAACCGCCCAUCUAUAAACGGCAUGCAACGAAAAGUAAAACAAGUGAAGACCUUGUACAGUCCUCCAAGUACCUCCCCCCAUACAGUCCUGAUCCUUAUUACCAGUCUGAGCCAGAGUAUUGGAUGUACUCACCAAAAAUGCCUCGAGCGCGGAGAUUCUCUUCAGGAGGAGAGGAAGAUGGUUUUGAUCGCAGCAUGCACAAGCUCCAGGGCAGCAUUGGAAGAAUGAUCCUAAAGGAGGAGAUGAAGGCUCGGUCCUAUGUAGACCCCUGGACACCGCCACGCAGUUCAGCGGGCAGUAAAGAGGCUCUACACACUGCCGGUUACGAUGCUUCUCUUAAUGGAUCUCCCAACAAGUGCUACCUGGCUGACAGUGAUCCUCUAAUCAACAAGUCUGCCUCACUCCCAGCAUACAGAAGAAAUGGUCUGCACAGGCCGCCAAGCACGGAACUCUUCCACUAUGAUAGUGCCAAUGCAGUGAACUGGGGAAUGAGAGAGUACAAGAUCUAUCCUUAUGAAUUAAUCAUGGUAACCACUAGAGGGAGGAAUAGACUGCCAAAAGAUGCCGACCGGACUCGCUUAGAACGCCAUCUGUCAGCUGAAGAGUUUUAUCAGGUGUUUGGAAUGACUAUAGCCGAAUUUGACCGCCUGGCACUAUGGAAAAGAAACGAGCUUAAAAAACAAGCCAGGCUCUUCUAAUUCUAUCCACCACGUGCCUCUACCUGUACACCUCUAUAAAUAUAUUUAUAAAUAUUCUAUAUAAAUAUAUAUAUAUGUAGAUCUUAUGUAUAACUAUUACACACAGUAUGUUUAUUGUAUUAUAGGAAAAUCUCCACGGGAAUUUUGUUUUAAGCUUUUCAGAAGUGGAAGGGACACUGACCUACUUCUAUGCAAUGUAUUGCAUUCCCUUUCCCGGCUGACAAGGCUGUUCGGUGGAGAGAGAUAUUUUCAACUCUCAGUUAUAUUUUUUAAAUGCUGUUUUUUAAUGCGCCACUGUUUUGACGAAUUUCAAGACUUCAGUAAACCUGCAUCUUUACCAUUACUACAAUGCAUUAUAAAAAUUGAGCCAUAUGGAUUCCUCAGUGGUGACCAAUUGGCGGAUAGGUUGUACAUGUGCCAUGUGUGUCUAGCAGGACCCAGCGGUGUCACUGCAGGUUGCGUCAAAGUGAACUGGGGUAACAGAUUGGGGCGAUCUAAUUUUAGGAGCAGAACUGAAACUGCCUUUAUGUUAAAUAUACAUUAUCUGUUCAGUAAAAAAACCCUACAGCAUCUAUUUAAUGUCCUCAUAUCCUUUUCAAUUGGAAAUCAUUUCUUUGGUUGGUUUAUAAGAAGCAAGAACAUUUUUAUGGUGGAAUAAGCAAGUCUGUCAUGCCCCGUACACACGUGCAGGAUUUCCGACGGGAAAAGUUCCCAUUGGAAAUCCUGAGGGAGCCGAGAACCUGCUCAGGCAGUCUUUCCCCUACACACGGCUGUUUUUUUAGGAAAACUGAGAAAAGACGCCAGGCAAAAGUCUGCCAGUUCAGAGCUGGUUCUCUUUUUUUUUUGUCCAGCGUUUUUUGGGCGUGAGUGACCAGAUCAUUUUACCAGGGCUUUAGUUAGAAAGUUCUACCUUAAGGGAAAACCCCUUCCAUCUAAUGUUAUAAAAAUAAGUUUCAACCUAAAGGUCGCUAUGGUUUUCUAAAUUUCAAAUGUUGCUUUCUUGCAAUAAUGCCAGCAACUAUGGCUCCAUGCACACUGUUCUUACUUAAGCAGAAUUUUUCAGAAGCCCUGUUCAUUAAACGUCAAUUAACAAAUCGAUUUCUCGUGAAUAGGAACAGACAUAAAUGGAUUAAAAUUUGUCAGUUUUCUGCUGAACUAGUGGAAUUUCGAUCCAUGUAUUGCUGGCUUUACUUUAAAACCCCCCAAAAAAAGCUCAUCUUCUUGUUAUAAGCGAAUAAGAGAAAGACCAUUGAUUUUAGGUCCUGUACUUGCUGCUUGCAGUGGAUUAUGUAAAAUGUCAGCACCCAGUUGUAAUCAGCACUUGCACAGUACACAUACCUUGCUAUGUACAGUAUACAACUUUGUGUUCUACAGCUCAUGGACACUUUGCUAACUUCUGAAUAUACAGAACAGUAUUUAAAGCGAAACUUCAACCAAAAGGGGAAGUUACACUUUUCCCCCUCCCCCUCCCUUUGGCACAUAUUUUUUGGGUGGUUUGACGGGUACCCGCUCCCACCUCUGGUCGGAUCUCCGCAGCCACCCAAGCGGAGGUUUAGUCCCCUCCUUCCCCUUCAGCCUUCUGGGAGUCGUCACAGGUCCCAGAAAGCUGCAGGACCAUUCAAAUGUGAGGCCACAAGUAGUCACAACUGGCUGCCCACAGUUAGUAUGCCAGUGCCAGGGACCAAAGCCCAGUGAAGAAACUGGAUAGGUGAUGACCGCGUUGGGUCUUGGGACAGGCCAGUGUCUGUGUAUUAAAAGACAGCAGCUACAGUUUUUGUAGCUGCUAACUUUUACUUUUUGAAAAGAUGACUGAAGAACCUCUUUCACUUAUAUCUAGCAAAAUGUAUAUGAACAUUGAUAGCUGCAUUUUAGGGUACACGUGGAAGGAUACAGCUACUAUUAGGCCACUCAGUCAUUGGCACAAUAUAUAACCACUCUUUUCUUAUAUUCACUAGUGAUUUGUUCACAUUUCAUUCUGCAGGCCUCUUGUAGACAUAUUAAAAAAAAAAAUAAAAGUAAAAGUUCUGCGUCUUUCAAAAAAGAACAAAACCUGAGCAGAAUUGACAAAGCCUUUGUAUAAGAGAAUUCCUUAUUCUGGAAUGUAAUACUCUCUUCUGAGUUGCGUUCCAUUGCAUGUAGCAUUUACAGGGCCAGAUUUCACACAUAAAGUGGUUAAAGGAUGCCCCCUUUCAUGUAACCCACUAGGUGAAACAAUUUAAUAUGUAUUACAGAGUAAAUGUUAGAUUAGCUGGUGCUCUAUAAUAAUAAUUCUUCAUGUGGUACAGAUAAUGCAGACAAGUUUUAUGUUUACAUUAUAUCACCUGUGGAUGGUAACAGGUUUUUAUUCCUUGUUUUAUUUAUUUUUAUUUGUAGUGCCAUCUAGUGUAUUAUUUAAUGCAGGAAAUCAAUAAACUGGAGUAAAACUCCACUUCUAGUUUCUUGCA